AUGGCGAGCACUUGUAAUUCACGACCCGUGUUUACUAUUCUCAUUGUGGGCUGCGGUCUUAGUGGACUGGCAUCUGCACUGGCUCUUGCUCAGGCCGGUCAUCGUGUGACGGUCUUUGAGCGUAGUGUUAAACUACAAGAAAUUGGUGCUGGAAUCCAGUUAUCACCCAAUGCGACGCGUCUGCUUCAACAUUGGGGCGUCUUCGAGGAGGUCCUCAAGUAUGGUGACCGACCAGAGGCCGGCACGUUUCGCUCCUACCGAGGCGAUGUUCUCUCACAAUCCCCCCUCGAAGUCAAAGAUAUCAACUUUAACAAGCCCUCACUACGCCUCUCGACUGGCGAAGUCUACGAAGCAGAUCUGAUCCUUGGUGCUGACGGAGAGAGAUCCCGCUGCAGAGGUGGCCUAUUGGGUCGUGAGGAUCCUCCUUACAGUCCCGGAGAUGUCGUAUACCGAGUCUCGGUCCCUAUGAAAGACAUAACGCCAGAGCAUCUGGCUUGGGACCUCAAAAGAAGAUCUAGUGUCAAUUUCUGGAUGGGACGGGGCGGACAUGUGGUCUCGUAUCUCAUCCAGCACGAUAUGCUGAACAUAGUCCUGAUUUACGCUGAAGGUGGAAGCGGCAAAGUGAUGUAUGGUCCGCAAAGAGCUGAUAUUGAAGAGUUCAGAAGCAAGAUUUUGGGCUGGGACCCGGUGCUCCAUGAGCUUAUCAACGUGGAAGGGUCUGUUUGCACGAAAUGGACGUUAUUCCAGAUUCAUGAGCCCAUCAAUUGGUGCCAUGACAGUGGACGCUUCGUACUCAUUGGUGAUGCCGCCCACGCCAUAUUGCCAUGCCUAGCCCAAGGUGCUGCACAAGCCUUUGAAGAUGCAGGUGUCUUAGGAGGAAUCUUCAGCCAAUCAGUGCGACACGACCAAAUUCCCGAUGCUCUUCGGGUAUUCGAGGAAGUUCGAAAACCACGGGCUUCGGAUGUCCGACAUCACACCUUGAAGCAAAAGGCCAUGUUUGCCCUUUCUGAUGGUCCGGAGCAGGAGGAACGCGACGCAAGGCUCCGUGCGGGUGAAGACUUUGCGCUUUUUGAGUGGCUCUGGAGUUACAAUGCUGCUGAGAUGGGUCGAGAUGCGUGGAGUCGGGCUUUAACCGAGACUCGCGCAAAUAAAAUCAAAGCCCGCAACUAA